UUGAACGGGUGAUGGCAAAAGAGGACACAACUCAAGCGGAUAUAAAAGACGUCUAUUCUGGAUGGAGCAAAACAUAUGAGAAAGUAUGACUAUAUGUACCCCGCUAAGUUUUCUUGCUAAAAUUUAAGAUAUAAUUUCUCAUCGUUUUAUAGCCGUUAGAACAGUUCCACUCAAUGCUAUCAUUUUCGCAAAAUCAUUACAUGGUUUGCACAUAGGGUCUCAAGCAGCCAUUACUGCAAGUAGCAUAGUCCAUAGUCACGACCGCUGAUCCAGACUUACUGACUUAUCGAUCCCAAAAGGACGCCAUUAUGCCCCAAUCUGCAUGGUUCCAGGCAGUGUUUAAACUCCGCCGCAGACCAUGGUUGAAGACUAUGGUUACCAAGGUCCUGUUGUAGCAGUUGAACUGUUAUCACAAAAAUUAAAGGAAUUUGGAUACAGCAAUGACGCUCGCAUUGUGGAUCUUGGUUGUGGCACUGGCCUGGUGGGGGAACAACUGUGGAAGAAUGGCUAUAAGAAUAUUGAUGGCGUAGAUUUAACUCCAGAGUUGCUUGAACUUGCAAAAGCCAAAGAAAUAUACGGUUCUUUAAAGCAAGGGAAAAUGGGCUCACCACAAUGCAAGGAAUUGGGCCUUGAAGAGAAUCGGUAUGAUGCUGCCAUUUGUGUAGGAGUGUUCUCUGUUAAACAUGUCCCAAGCAAAGGUUUUGAUGAUCUUCUAUACGUGGUCAAACCAGGAGGAUUGGCGUGCUGUAGCAUGCGAGAACAAGCUCUGAAUGACCCGAAGAGCACAUACCAGGAAAAAAUGGAGCAAUUUUGUAAAGAUGGGAAGUGGAAAUUGAUCGUAAAGCAUCACGAACCAGCCUAUCUCAAACAUGACGGUGCAUGGUUUUUUGUGUACCAAAUAUUAUAAGACA